AAAUCGGAAGUGGCGGAGCAUUUCCGGGGAGCACUUCCUGUUCCGGCUGGUCUCCAUUAUUGCCUCCUAUGAGCUCCUGCUGCCUGCUGAAAGAUGAACACGGUUCUGUCCAGAGCGAACUCGCUGUUCGCCUUCUCCCUGAGCGUCAUGGCGGCUCUGACCUUCGGCUGCUUCGUCACCACAGCCUUCAAAGACAGAAGGGUUCCUGUGGACAUCCACGUCUCCAAAGUGAUGCUGAAGAAUGUGGAUGACUUCACAGGACCCAGAGAACGAAGCGACCUGGGGUUCCUCACCUUCGACAUCUCCGCUGAUUUGGAGCCGAUUUUCGACUGGAACGUCAAACAGCUGUUCCUCUACCUGUCUGCUGAAUACGCCACAAAGAGCAACUCUCUGAACCAGGUGGUGCUGUGGGACAGGAUCGUUCUCCGAGGGGAAAACACCAAACUGAACCUCAGAGACAUGAAGUCCAAAUACUUCUUCUUCGAUGACGGAAACGGACUCAGGUCCAAUAAAAACGUCACUCUGACUCUAUCCUGGAACGUCGUGCCCAACGCUGGAAUCCUCCCCCUGGUUGCUGGAAGCGGACACAUCAGCCUGCCUUUCCCCGACCAGUAUGAGGCGACCAAGAGCUACUAGACAGCAGAGACCCGGCGUUCAGCAGACUGUUCACACAUUGUUCUUUAGUUUCUGUGUUUGUAAUAAAAAUAAAGGGAACUAUCAACGUUC